AUGCCGUCCGGUCCUCUGUCGGACACCGAACUGGCGGCUUUGCCCUCCACUGUUCCCCGAUCGGAAUGGCUCCCCGGUUAUCGCGACCGUCGCAGCUUUCGCAGCCAUGACAUCGUCCCCUGGUGUGCACAGGGUAUUCGUCAGACAAGCAUCGUGGAGAUGGACGCGGAUCUGCUGUUUCAUCGCUUCACCAAGCCGAUGGAGUGGCUAAUUCCUCUUCGUGAUCCCGUGCCUCCGCUUGGAGAAUGGCGAGACGAUCUAGUUGACGAGUGCACCGUGCGCGACUUGAUCGAGUCUGCUCCGUGGGAGAUCCUUGCUGCCUCGAUUGAUCCCCUCACGUUCUGA